AUGUCCAAUGACACUGAUAACAUACCUGGUACUUUUCCGCUGAGCUCCCCAGCUGUAGUGAGCGGGUUGAGUGUGGAUGCGGGCGCUCUCGACCUGGGUGUCAAGAGUGCAUGGACUUGUGAUUCCUCGGACUCAUGGUUAGGAGCCCUGGGGGCUCCCUCAAAAACCAGAAUCUUGCCCAACGGAGGUGAAAAGGACGAGCCUAUCCUCAAGGAGGAUGAUGGCAAGGGAUCUACAAUGAUAAGCAUAAGCCCGAUUCUUGGCAGCGUUAAUGGAUUACAGACAUCCCACCUUAGAAUACGUACCAACAAAUAUCAAGAUGUAGCUCUCGACAAUCAGGAUACCUCACAACAAUCUGAAAGAAAUAUUAGCUGGAUUGACAUGCCUAACAAUGGAGAUAUUGGUGACAUGCCUGAAUUCCCCGUCCUGAGACAAACCAUCCAAACAAUGUCAACUCCACAUGAAUCUAUCAGAAAGGAUCAUAAAGAAAAUAAUAACUCUCCCGAAGUAGACAAUAUGUUCAAUCUAUGGACUGAAAUAGAUGAGCACGUCGCUCGCCUGAGCAAGUCUGAUGCAAGAGACUCCAAUGAAUCCCUGAAGAAGCUCUGGAAUGAUGAUUACCGGAGAGACUCAAUCCAAGAGCAAAACCUUGCCUUGCAAAGAUAUCGCAACUUGGCCCAUGUCGAGUUUACUGAGCAGGAGCACCUGGUAACCAAUCUGAAAAAUCAAAUCCAUCAGCUCCAAUCACAAGUAAUCAAAAGUAAGGCCUGUGAGGAGGAAUCCAAAAUGCUUAUGCAAGAAACCCACCAUGCACCUCCAAAUGAACUCAAAUUUCCUCCAGCAAAUCAGAAGAGAGCAUCGUCAAUCCUCCCAGCUGGUAGUUCUGUUAAACAUGCCAUGGCUGGCCCGAGUCCCGGAAACAACAACCCAAGCGACCUGGAAUCCUCGGAUAAUGAAGAACAUUCAUCGACGGAAUCUGAUGCUGACGCAACCUCAAACAACAAGACUAAGACACGUACCAAAGCUCAACGAAAGGAGAAAACAACGUACCUCGUUCAAGACCAUAUUGAUGAACCUGCUGAUGCAUUUGGAGUUGAUUUCCUGGCAAUGGAGCCAGAAUCCGAUCAUGACAGUGAUUCAGAUAGCACCAAGCAAAACAAAUGCCAAGCCAGACAAGAGUACUGCGCGAAAUUGAACCUAUUGAAGUAUCAACAAAGCUUCAUUAAGAAUGAACCCCCUUUCACGUACAACAGUGACGCUAACGUUCAAGAAAUGGAAUGUAAGCAGGAUUUGAAGCUACCUGUCUGGAACUAUCUUCAAAGGCUUCACAAUCCUGCCGACAUGGUUGGCGACGUGGACGAAAAGGAGAUGGUACACCAAUUCUGGAUGAACUGUCAACCAUAUAUUAGAGCAUCUCUAGUAGGCAAAAGAUUAUCCAUUACCGCUCCCACAAUGGAUAAUUUGCCAGACAGCUUAAUUUGGAUACUUCCCUGCCAAAGGGGCAAAAGUGCGAAAGUGUUUUAUAUCCUACCAUAUGUUGAAUUGCCCCUGGAGGAGGAGCAGACAUACAAAUGGGCAAAAAAAAAUACAUGGGGGGACCUAUUGUGGUGCAGUGGUAAAGCUGCAGUGAGGUGGGAAGGGUGUGGGAAUAAUUGAUAUUGUGGAGAAUACCAAAAUGGGCGAUGUUUUGGGUGUUGUGGGGUAAUUCCCAUGCUGUGUGGCCAAAAAUGCGGUGUAGUAUUAUUGUGG